CCCUCAAACAAGCCUUGUGUGUUGCAAGGAUCAACUCACCUAUCUGUCUGCAGGAGACCAGGGAGGAGGGCGUUUUUAAAUUUAGUUUCUCUCCUGCGUCCAGAUUUUACUGUAUAUAUCUGCUUUAUUUUACUGUUUAAUGUUCACUAUCAGCCGUAUCAGAUGCUGUGUGAGGUUGCUGCUCGAUAACUCGACAUUUCCUUAUUUUGUUGUUUCACAAUAAAAGUUUUUACACAACAAAAUAAGAGGGGACAUUUAUUGUGAAGGAUCCAUAGGCAAAGAAAUGUGUUUAUUACUGAGUUAACUUUGUUGGCAGCUUUUCUUCAAUAAAGACAGGUCUAAUAAUACUGCAGGGAUGAAGAGUAAAAGCAGAGACAGCCACAGUGAAGUAGAUGAAGAGCUGCAGACAACAGGCUCUUACUGCACCUCUGCACACAGCUCAAAAAGCAUCAAAAAUGACAGGGGGCUUUAACUGUGGAUCAGCCCACUGCUUUUAAAAGUCAUCACUCAAGACAAGCCAUCAUCAGUUAAAGACACACCUUUAAGAAGAUGGCCCUGUUGUAUCGGAAAUGCAAAUCCCUGCCAUCCUGGGCUGAUGGCCCAAACCAAACCAAGCCAAGUCAAGCCAGCCCGUGACUGUCAAAAAAGGCUGGAGAGAUGAACAACCUGAAAAAGGAAAACAAGAAACUUAGAGAUGAGCUCAGAAAUUUAAGAGCAGCAAUUGACAGAGGUCACAGUGACCUCUCCUCCAAUAGCAGCAGCACCACAGAGGUCAAAGCAAACAGCUCCCCUGACCUUUCACCCCCUUCUGGACCUGUGGCCCUCAUCACUUCAACAACCAGCAGGGCACCUAACCAUCCAGCAGAUGGCAAUGUUGCAGUAAAAACUGAGGCAGAGCCAAGACCCGAAGACACUGAACACAGACAACUGAGAGUGAUGAACCGCAGCCACGUUGAGUCAUACAAGCCCCUGGCCUGGAAGACAGAACAUAGUGUAACCCGUGCUGGAGAGAGGAGAGCUCAGAGCACUGAAGGACUGGACCAGCGAUCCUCCAUCCCUCCUCAAACUCUCCUUCUCAGGAACUCCUCUUCCUCAACCAGUGGAGAAGUGAACCCCAGCAGACAUGUGCUCCAUGCUCCUGUCCCUUGCCGUCCUCAACCAGUCACGAGCCAUGUUACUCUUCCCUGGCCCUUAUCUGAGUCCCCCGACUGGGUGACUGCGGCUGCUUCAGGGACAGGCCUGGUAGUGCAGCCUUCUCCCAAACCAAACCUGCUGCGCUUUCCCAACCUAAUCCCAUCUAGCCAACAUGCCAGCUCCAGAAGGCAGGUUUUUGGUUCUCCCUGGCACAAGCAGAGCACCCCUCAGCCCCCUGCCAAGGAGCCAACAGUGGUGUUUAGGUUGCGAAAUCUGUCAGAGCAGGUGGAGAGUCAAAUGAAGCCUCAGGAGAAAAAGGAAAUCCCACCACCCAAGACUGAGAGGGUCUCAGGAGAAGGGCUUAAAGAGGUGUAUGAGGGGCCUCUGGACCUAUCGGAUCGAGGAAAAUCCAAAUCCAGCCAAACGCCAAGAAAUGAUUCACCCCUAGCAUUACAACGUGGAGAGAAUGCACAGAGGAGCCCUGACAAGGAUGAGAAGACAAAUCUAUCUGCAUACGGACCAGUAUCAUCACCCUCUCCUGUCGCCCCUCCAUCUUCUAUCCCACCAGUCAAACAAGAGGAGGAGUCUACCAGUGACCUUAACCACAAGCAGGUAAUGGAUGAGCAGGAGCAGGAAGAGGAGGUGAAUGAAAAAACGGACCAAAGCAAUGGAAAGAAAGUGCCUGUCCUCACCAUAUCAUUACGUCCAGUAGUGGUGCUGGAGACUCUGAAUCCGGCUAUGCAAGAAUCUUUAUCAUCAAAUGCCAAAUCGACAUCACCAGCAGUUGAGCAAGGAGGCAGCUCAGAUGACCAGGACGAUGAGGACAGUGCGUCAGGACAAGAAAGCAACCAGGGCCACAAGAGGAAGCGGGCAUCAGUGGAGACGGAAACUGACAGAGACUCAGAAACAGACAAUGUCCAGCAGGAGAGGAAGAUCAAGAUCACAGUGAGAACUGAGGAGAAGAGCCCUUGCUAAAGAGCAUGACAUCACAUUGACUCGGUGAUCUCACUCAAACAUGCAUCAACUGAUAGUUAUGGCCACCUGGGAGCAGUACAUCAACCUGUAAAUACAACACUUAGCCUACAUGUACCUUAUGAAGUUGAUAAUGAAUUGGCGAACAUUGGAGUAUUUAAACCAGCAGAUAUGGAGCAACUUUCAUUAAUUUGCAUUCAUUUGGAAUUGUUUGUUUCUGGCCACCUGAUGAAUGGAAGUCCAAUAUUCACUCUCCUUUUAGCUCUUUCUCUUUGCUCUGCACCUUCUCCUCAGGGAAAUAUCUGGCUCUGUUGGUGCUGGGCAGGUAGAGUGGGUUUUUAAGACCCUUUCGGCUGGAACAGCUACCUGCUGUGGCUGAAAAACAAACUGAUAAGAGUCAUCAAUUACAGGCCAUACAAUCUAAAUGAUGUUUUUUUUAUUUGUUUGUUUGUUUAUUUGUUUGUUUGUUUGUUUCUGGAAACUACUUGGGAAGUCAACAUUCAACCUGUAAAUUAUUUCCCAUAAUAAUUUCCACAAUGUGCAUAAAAUGAUAAAGCAGAGCCGCAAGUUUUCAUGUCAGCUGAACAGUUGUAAAAUCUUUGGAUGUGUUUUCGCCUUGUUUUACAGUGACUCAUGUCACAUCUAUUCAAUAUGGUGGCUAUGGCGUUUCGAAUGAACUGCAUGUGCAAAAUACUUUAAGAAUUUGAAAAACACAAGCAAAAAUGCAAAAGCCAUCUGCUAUUGCCAGGAGACUUUUAUUGCCCAUACAUGUGGAAGAGGAAAGUUAAUGUCUGUUUGAGAGGUAGUCUUAGUGAAACGUUGUUUGCUAGCUAACUAUGAUGACCGCUAUGUGACUGUCACAAAUGAGUGAUGUUGUUUCUGUGUUAGAAAUUCAAAACCUUUUGCUAAAGCAGUAAUUGAAAACAACACAUGACUGAUUUCUGUCAAGAGAUACUUGAGUGUUGAGUGAUUUAGUGUGAAGUGUUGAGCGACUUAGUGUUGCCAUAUAGCAGCCUUACUCUUGCUGUCUUCAUACAGCUUUGGGGUACCGCUAAGGUUACAUUCAUCUGACUGACUAAAGUUAGUUAAGUAACAUCCUGCCAACUGUAGGCUAUUGCAUAGCUAGCUUCCUAAUAAGCUACAAUUAAUAGAAUGAUAUUAAUGCAGUAAUUGUCCACUGGCAAAAAUAGGCAGCCUGUUUCAUUAUCAAUAUACGUUGACACUCACUUCUGUUGUGGCUAUCGCAUUUGGGUUUUCCGUACAUUUGCUUGCAUUUUUGAACUUUGCAAAGCGUUUUUGAUGCAGUACAUUUGAGACGCCUCAGCUACCGUAAUAGAACACAACAGAUAUGAAGUUUUCAUCAAUACAGUGCUUUAUCCUGGCUUCAAGUCAGUCUUUUAUGUAAGGGGUGGAUUCCCCAGGAAUUUGUAAAACUUUUUUAAAAUAUCCCUAAACCUUGGUUUUGGCCUCUUGGGGCAGCAUAAUCAAGGUGUAAAAGGAACAAUGGUGUAUUAUCACCUUAUAAAGUUGCUGUGGCAAACAGUGUUAAUUUUGUUGGCAAAAAAUUUUUAUGACAAAGACGAGACAGUCACAAGCUAAAAAUAGAUCUUGAUAAUAAAAACUAAGAUGAAAUCUAUGUUUCAUUUUUAUUGACGAUUGCUUGCAAUUACCUUCACCGCAUGAGUGACAGGCUGGUAAACUCCAGUAAAUAGUCAGCCGCAGGAUGUUUCGCUAGCCAGCAAAUAUACUCCCACUACAGAAGCAUCAGCCGUUGGAGCAAGCUGUGAGCUAUAAUUAAUUAAUUAAUAAAUAAUCAGAUGUGUGUGUCUGACUGUGGAUGGUGGAGCUGCUGAAUGGAUUUGUUGAGUUUGUUAUUUACAGUGGUGGCUGUUAGCAGUUAGCUCCACUUGUUAGCAGCUGAAUGGCAGUGGAGCAAGCAGCUACCAGCUGCCGGACUUCACAUCUGUUGAACUCUAGUCAGUCCAAGCUUUUUGUAAGUGUGUAGAAAUUAUUUGUAGUUGAAGAAAAUUAAAUUUUUAUACAACCUGUCACCUUGAUUCUAAUUUCUGAUACAUGAAUUAGCCUUAACUGGAUCAGUUUAAAGAAACAAAAAAAAACAUAUAGAAAACAUAAUGACUUAAAGUUGACUAAAAUGUCAUCAACUAAAACUAAUGAGGAUAGAACUGACUAAAAUGUGACUAAAACUAAUCAGUAUUUUCAUCUCAAGCUUAAAGACAUAAUCCAAAAUAGCUGUCAAAGUUAACACGAGUGGCAAAAGCAAACAGAUGCCUAUCUACACAUCCAACAGACACAGAGCAACAUUAGUGUUCAUUUGGAGUCUCUAGCAGCUCUUGAGAAAAAUACCCCUGGAGUUAGCAAGAGGCUAAUUUUUUCUGUCUGCUGUUUGUUGUUGAGCAGGAAGCGUUUAAACUAAGUGGCUGGCUGCUUGCUGUGGCUGUAGAUGACGCUGAUCAGACAGACAAAAGUGAAUCACAACAGUCAAACAGUAGUGUGUAUUUGUGUGCGGCGCUAUGGCCCACCUCCGCAACCAGCAAAUUUGCUACAUUACAAGCUCUCUCAAAUUUUCCAGCAUAAUAAAUACACAAAAGAAUGUCAAAUGCAAAAAAUCUUUUUUUAUCUUUAUCUAUUUUCUCUUUUAAACAGUGAAAUACGGUCGCCCACUUUUUGAAUUCAAGUUUUUUUCUUUCACUGAACUAUGCUAGGCUUAAUUGCUUCGUUUAAUCACAGUAAAACACUCGUCAUUCAAACUCAACAGAAACAAAAUAAAACUCAAUAAAACAGUCUUGAUUAGUCUUGUUAGCCCUUUAAUUAGUCAGUCCACUGUUCCAACAAUCACCAACUCUGGUUUGGUCCAAAUAAACCCUUAAUUCGCCAAGUUAGGUGUGAAAAGGCGGUCCUGUUAUGUUUAUCUCCAACACUCGCAGUCAGCUCAGCUGCCUCUCGCACCACAAUCUUAAUUUUAAGCAUUUUGCACAUUAGCAUUCUGUUCAGCAGCUUAUAGCAGUUUGGUGGAUAACUGAGACAACACCGCCUUGGAAAGUCACACAUUUUCUUACACUUACCAGCUCACUGUCACAGGGCACAACUCAAACAGCCACCCAGAAUAUGACCAACUGAAGACGAGUGCAGUAACUCAAAGUCUUCCUGUAGAAAGUUGAGAAAUAAAUGGUCAGAUUUAAAUUACUUCUGUUCAGUCUCCUCUGAGCUGUUGAUUUGUCAAAUGAUCACCACAACUAUUGCAGUAGAAUGAACUGAAUUUACAUGGAGUUUUUACAGUCCUGGCAACCGCUCAAAGUGCUGUUCAACACCAGCCCCAUUCAUGAAUUCAAACACACAUUUACACACUGGUGGCUGAGGCUACCAUGAAAGGUCAUCAGGUCAAAGUUGAACACACAUUUUCACAAUCUUGGGGCUCAGUAUCUUGCCAAAGGACAGUUAGACAUGUAGGCUGCAGGGGCCACGGAUCGAACCAUCAAUAAUUAGACGACAGCUCUACCUCCCUAGCCACAGCCACCCCUAGUACCGCCAUCAUCACCACUAGUGUCAUCCCUCCACAGUUAACAGCAUUGUCCGUCCCCUUUUCUGAAAUACUGAAAAAUGUCAAGGUAUUAAACUAACUUUUAACCUUUAAUCAUACAUUUCUAAUUAAAAUGCACUAUACUGUUUUAAAUCAAAAUCGCAUAAUUUUUUUUUUUUUUUUGGGUCUCACUGCCAACCAAGGCAAACCUAAAACCUCCAUUCUCUUCUCCAACAUUCAUCACACACUAUUAUGAUUUAAUGUAAGAUGUUUAUAAUUAUUUUACUUUGCUGGUACUUCUGUCACUGCCGGGAUAUUUUACCACUCUACCUCUCUUCAUCUCAACCCAUCUUAAGUGAACAACAAAAAAAGAACACAGAAAAAGAAAGAACACAGAAACAUGUUCCUCUUCCUCUUUUUCAUUUUCAGAAUUCACACAUUUUGCAAGUAUUAACUUUCCGUUUACAGCUGUUACAGCCUGUGGUUAGGCGGGUGGAUGGAGGAGAUAAAAGCGCAGUGACGGAGCCAACCUAUACUUUUGUGAUACGCCCUGCAAAGUCAGUGUGUCUAUUUUGUGUAAAUAUAUAAAACAUUUUCAAAGUGGAGAUGGUAAUCAAUAGGCAGCAUGAGCCAAUACUUACCCUUAAUAUGAGAUUAUUUUUUCAAAAGUGUGCACUUUUUAUUAUCCUGUGUGUGAAAACCUGUGCAGUCCUAAUGUUGUUAUAUUGAUUUCUACUGUGUCUAUUAUGUCUCUCUAAUGCCAUUAGAGUCCAUUAAGUAUCAUACUUGGUGAAAGGUCAGUGGACAAAAUAGCUCUCUCUGUCAUUUCCUGCCAUUCACCUCUCUGUGUUAAUUAAAGUGUGAUUUCACUGUGCUGCUGUAAGUUUACUAUUGUGCUUUGUCUGUUACAGUAAUGUUAAUCCAUCAAGUUAAAUGCUAUGUUACUGUGUGGUCUUAAAAGAUAUUGUGGUUUUAGAAUGAAACAAUGUAUACUCCUAGAAACUGUUAUCUGAAUGCACUACUUAAAAUGCUGAAAUAAAUUUCUGUUCUUAAAUGUUCA